CAGUUUGUUGUCGACUCUCUUUGCGUUUGGACGCGACGACGUGUGUGUUGUGUCUCUUGUCCAUACUGCUCCAACGGUUAUGUGCUUUGAAUAUUUGAAUGCUUCUUAACUAUACGCAAUAACAACAGCAACGACAACAACAAUCACCACCCCAACCAACGUACACAAUUUAAUUAGCAAGAAUUCUGCUCGCUGUGAUCGCGCAACUCGUGAGUGCGUCGUCGUCGCCCAUUGCCAAAGAAAAAGCGGCACACAGAAACGCCAAUCGAUAGCCAAAUCUUGUUAUUGUUGUGUCAUCGAAACGAGUGCAAUUGAAAUUUGAAAUUUGAAUUCGAAACAACAACAAAAAAAGGCAAUCAAGAAUAAAUCAAACAGAAACAAUAAUUGUUGCUGUUUUUGUUUACACAAAUUUUAUGCAUAUUUAGGAUAGAAAAGUGGCCGGUGCAAAUAUUGAUAGAUCCAAAUAUAGCAAAAGAGCAGCUCAAAGCGGCUAAAACGUUAAACCUUUGUCGUGAAUAAAAAAUAAAUAAAAAAAACACAAAUCAAACAAAAUAAACAGCCAGAAGCAACGGCAAAGAUUCAAAAAUCUGUCUACAAAACCACAAAAUCGCUUAAAAGAUCGUCUGUGCGUGCGCGUAUGUUUAUAUAUGUGUAUGCGUGUGCGCGAGUCUGUGUGUGUGUAGUCGGAUCUAUCUGUGUGGGUCGCUCUGAUCCGUUGUCGUUCGAUCUCUGCCGCGUCGUCGUCGCCGUCGCCGUCGUCGUCAGCUGCAGCGUUAGCGKUGCGUCUUAUAAGCCGAACUAAAGCCAAGACCCGAUCCGAUCCGAUCCGAUUCAAUCCCCGAUUGACGAUCCCAAUUCUCUGCGUUUCCUUUCGUGCGCUUUGUUUCAGGCACGUACGUAAUCUCUCUCGCCGGCCAUAAUCAACCUGCCUGCUGAUCCACGCGAUAUAAACACAGUUUCACAGAUACAGAUACACACUUCAAACUGAAAGAUACAAAUAUUCAGAACGAAAGAUACAGCAAGAGAGACAGGGAGAGAGCGAGAGAGAGAGAACUUAAGCUGUCGGCAGCUCCUGCUUUCUUGCCGUGCGACUGACUAUGUUUCCGAUCAAGAUUAUGCGCCUAAUUUGAAGUUGUAAUUAAUUUGGAUACCCUAAUAAAAAAGAGAAUAAAAACUCGUAAGAAGAAAACAAAAGCCAACAGAAAAAUACAUAUAUACAUAUAUAUAUAAAGCGAAGCAGCCAAAUAGCAGCGGCUACCUCUUCCAGCAUUUGAGGGGCGUUACGCGCCUCUAUUUUAUUGCCCCAUCGAUGAGUGCACAAUAUGGAACUGGCGAUUUGUAAGACAGAUCUGUCUGCAACGAAAUUUAUGCUGCCACCCGCGCUGCCAGCCGCAGCGGCAAUUGCAACAACAACGGCAACGGCAACUGCAACACACUCAUUUCUCGACCGGGCGGCACAAAUAAACGAGCUCUUCAACUUCAAUCCAGGACAACAUUUGUUUAAGACCAACAACUCCUUUCUGAACAACAACAACAGCAGCAGCAACAGCAGCAGCAGCAACAUGCGACUCAAAAAGAACAGAAAAGUUACAUUUCUGUCCAGCAUAGUUGAGUCCACAACAAAAUAUAUUAAAGAGGAACCAGUCAAUGGCUGCAAGGAUCUGCCAGUUUGCAGCUUAUCGGAUAUUUCAGAUCAUGAAGCCUCCCUGGAUGUGCCCACAGCAUUGCCGCCCCUCACGCCUGGCACGAAUCGCAAGGUGAACGAGGUGCUGAAAGCCUCGUUUGCCUCCUGGGAGAAGGAGGUGCAGAACUGUAAUAUAACCAAAGAUCCCCGCGAAUGGACGGAGGAGCAUGUCAUCUACUGGCUCAACUGGGCCAAAAACGAAUUCUCGUUGCUUUCCAUGGACCUGGGCCCGUUCUGCAAAAUGACCGGUCGUGAGAUGGUCGAGCUGGGCAAAGAGAAAUUCCUGGCCAUAACGCCGGCGUUCACGGGCGACAUUCUGUGGGAGCAUUUGGAUAUACUACAAAAAGAUUGUGAAAAACCAAAUGAGGAUAUUGUGCAUGGCAAUUCCUUUGAAUCGUCUGCCAGUAGCUCGCUCUGCGGAUCCAAUUACCAGGCAGCGACGCCGGCCACAACGCCCGUCUCCAACAACAGCAUUGCGAGUCGCCUGUCCAUGGAUUAUGCGACAACGGCGGCAAGCAGUGAUAAGGGCAACAGCUACCACACACCGACACCUGCCAUGCCACACAACGGCUACAAUAACAAUAGCAAUGCACAUGAACGCACCAACAACAGCCCGUCACCGCAGCAAUCACAACAGCAUCUCAAUGGUAGUAGCAACAACAACAAUAACAACAACAGCAUGAUGCCGCCUGGCGUGCAACAACAGCAGAGCUCGAACGAUAACAACAACAGCAACGGCAGCAACAACAGUGGCAACAACAAUGCUAAUGCGGGCAGCAACAACAACAACAACAAUAAUAAUAAUAACAACAACAACAACAACAUUAACUACAUGACAGCCAUGGCAGCGGCUAUCUACCAACAUCAGCUGAAAGAGGAGCCGGGCACUCAGUCAGGCAAUGGCAGCAACGGCGCCUACGCAUCAAACGCUCAGAACGAUCCAACAGAUCUCAGCAGCUACGGUCUGCCCGCACAUCUGGCCGCAGCCGCUGGCCACUAUAGCGGCGGUGGCGGUGGUGGCAACCCGGGCGGCGGCGGUGGCGGAGGAGGCGGUGGAGUCGCUUCGGCUGCUGGCGGCGAUGAUAGCGACUAUCACAGCACACUUUCAGCGCAGGAACAUCAGAGCCAAGCCUCCAGCGCUGGCAACGGCAGCGGCAGCACCAACAGCAGUGGCUACAUGGACAGCAGUCCCGAUUUCUACAAUGCGUAUGGUCGGACACGGUUCCAUGAGCCCUUCCAGUCAGAGUUUACGCCGUACGAUGCCCAGUUCCCAACGAUGGGCGCCCAGCCGAACCUGGAUCAAUGGGGCGCACACGCCCAUCAGCAUCCGGCGGCAUAUAUGACCACAUUGGGUCUGGACAAAACGCUGCUGGGCGGCUAUACAACGCAGGGCGGUGUACCGUGUUUUACGGGCUCCGGACCCAUACAGCUGUGGCAGUUCCUGUUGGAGCUUCUGCUCGAUAAAACAUGCCAGAGUUUUAUCUCGUGGACAGGCGAUGGCUGGGAGUUCAAGCUGACCGAUCCCGAUGAGGUGGCGCGUCGCUGGGGCAUACGCAAAAACAAGCCCAAAAUGAACUACGAGAAACUGAGCCGCGGUCUGCGCUACUACUACGACAAGAACAUCAUACACAAGACGGCCGGCAAACGCUACGUCUAUCGCUUUGUCUGCGAUCUACAAAAUCUAGUUGGACACACGCCGGAAGAGUUAGUUGCCAAGUUCGACUUAAAAAUUGAGAAAAAGGACGUGGACUAACAGUCGAGCAGCACAGAGGCUGCUUGAAAUGCUCGGUGAACGGCUGAGCCAUGGAUAUGAUCUGCAGUGCGAUUGAAAGGCCACAAAUUAUAGUACUCAACGGGAAAAGAUGCUUUUGAGAAUUAUUGUUUCCAAGCGUGAUGUUAACUUUUAAGCAGCAGCAUUACCUGCGAUCUUGCUACGAGAUUAGUGUAUGUGUGUUUAGGGCGUCGUAAUCACUUUGUAAUUAUUAUGUAAAAAUUUAGACUUUUGAAUUAAUUUGAAAUUAAUUAAAAAUACGCUAACAUUAAGCUUAGCCAUUAAGUAGAAGUAGCUUUAGUCUCUAGCAUUGAAAUCAAUGAAUCAAGCAAACCAGUUUCGAUAUAUAUAUAUAUACACACAUGUAUAUAAAUAUACAGCGCGAUUUGAAUGGAGCUAACAUCCGGGUUGAACUCUUAAAAAUAUUUCAAUUAAUCUUUUUUGUUUUGUGUGCAAUGCGAUUGUUGUCCAAUUGAAGUUGCAAAUGCUUCCAAUUGCAAUCAUCGUAAAUGAGGCCAUAAGAGAACGAGUGCAUGUCCCCAAAGUGAUAUUAAAAGCUACAUUUUUCAAUUUUUACUUUUCAUUUUGCGAACGGGGUCGCUUUUUUCUAGUUCUAAACAAUGUAGCAAACCUUGUGUUUUGUGUGCGUGUACAUAGAUAAUCAUUAAAGAGCUACAAUUAUAUAAUUAAUUAUAAUAUUAACGCCUAUAAAUAGAUCUAUCAUAUUUAUGUGUAACCUGUGCUACUGGUACAACUAAGUUAUAUAAAUAUAUAUACAUACGUUAUAGAUACAUAUAUAAAAUGCUAAAAUGAUCCCCGUAUCUUAUAUAUACCUUCAACUUAUGCGCUUCCGGGCGAACCCAAAAACGUUAAACGGCAACACAAGAAAAAAAAAAAAAAAAAACCCCACAUGUGACCCAUAUAUGUAAAUAUAUCGGCUCAUAUGUCCAAUAAACUCUGUUUAAGUAUAGUGCAACUCUACAUAGCAUACUCUUAGUUACUCUUGUUUCAUAACUGGCUGCUUAGAGUUUUCCAUCAUUAAGAAUUGACCAUUCAAGAUAUGUUUACUUUUGUGUAUAGCUAUAAAAUAUUUAAGCCUAGCUCGUAGCCCGUAGCCACGUAUUAUGUAGAGCAAUUUAUACAAUAAAAACAAAAUCCAAAAA